UCCGGAACCCUGGAAUUGGUCCUUGUUUCUGGGGAGACAUCUGCACGGAACAGUCAAAGCAACUCCGAUGUUUACAUGAUUUCUGUGUUUCCAAAACAGCCAUCAGCAGAGCUGAAGCUCGUAUUUAAGUAAGGAGUUGUCUCAUUGUAUGUUUUUCGUUUAUCACAGUCUUCGAGGAUAUUGAUUCAGGGGUUUUAUUAGAGCCGGAGAGUGUUGUAAAGACUUCCUGGUAGCAUCACGCUGGGUGUAAAACAGACACUACAUUUUAGAAAGAGAUGCCUCACAACAAACGGAUACAGAAGAAAACACUGAAGCUGGAGUGUGAGUGGGGGUCGUGUCAGGAGUCGUUCAGUUUGAUGGAAAACUUCUGCAAGCAUGCGGAGGGUCACCUUGCUGUGAACAUGGCGGAGGAGGACGAUGAAGAAGAAGCAGAGGAGGAGAGAAACUGUCUCUGGAAAGACUGCGGUUUCUGCUCUGUGGAGGGCCCUGAAGAGGUGCGACGACAUCUCUUCUUUCACUGUUACCAUACUAAGCUGAAGCAGUUGGGUCAGCAGGUGCUUAACGCCCAGCCGGAGAUUGGCAGCUGCUCCAUCGGCUACCACAACCGCAACAUCAUCCCUGAAAUUCCAGACAAUUUUAUCUGCCUCUGGGAGGAAUGUGAGCAACCGCCGUAUGAAAACCCAGAGUGGUUCUACCGCCAUGUGGAGAUGCAUAGCCUGUGUAUAGAUAUACCAGCAGGAGACUGUGAAUUCCCAAUACGCUGCGGAUGGAAAGAUUGCGAAGCCACCGCUAAAGGGCGUCCUAAGCUGCGGGAGCACCUGCGCAGCCACACCCAGGAGAAGGUAGUGGCGUGUCCAGGCUGUGGCGGGAUGUACGCCAGCAACACAAAGUUCUUCGACCACAUAAUUCGACAGAGCGCCAUGGAAGGUCAGAGGUUCCAGUGUUCUCACUGUUCCAAACGUUUUGCAACAGAAAGACUACUGAGAGACCACAUGAGGACCCACGUGAGCCACUACAAAUGCCCACUGUGUGACAUGACUUGUCCAUCACCGUCAUCACUGCGCAACCAUAUCAAGUUCCGCCACAGUAACGAGAAGCCAUACAGCUGCGACUACUGCGAGUACAGCUGUAAGAAUCUGAUCGACUUGCGUAAACACCUGGAAACCCACAGCAGCGAGCCGGCAUUCCACUGCGACGUUCCUGGCUGUGGCUUCACCUCUCGUACCCUCACCACCAUGAAGAUUCACCAUAAAAAAGAGCAUGAGGGUAAUUUUGUAGCUCGCUACAAGUGCCAUGUGUGUGGUCAGUGCUUCACCAGGGGCAACAACCUUACUGUCCAUCUGCACAAAAAGCACCAAUUCAAAUGGCCGUCUGGACACCCGAGGUUCAGGUACAAGGAGCAUGAGGACGGCUUCUUGAGGCUGCAGCUGAUUCGCUACGAGAGCGUGGAGCUGACAGAGCAAUUGAUGAGAGAAAGACAAAAUAGGCAGGAGGACGAGGACAAUGGCCAGACCGAGGCGGAGGAAGAAUCCCCCGGGGCAGCUCUUUCGGAAGUGCAGGUAGAACUGAGAGGGGUGCUGCUGGAGGAGCAGAGGCCUGAGGAGCCGACCGUCAGCACUGAGGAGGGCGGUCAAGAAGAGAGCAUGCUGUACGUUCUCACUGGAGGCUUGUCACAGGCAGAGGAGGACACUGUCAUGCUGCAACUCCAGGAUACUGCUCAGCAGCAAGGAAUGCAGAUGAUUUGAACAGUCUUGCACACACACCCCGUACAUGACUGGACACUCUUUAAUCCACUGUACUGUUUCUCAGAUGCACAGCAAAUGUAUGAAGAAUCUAGUGGAGUUUCUGUGCCUUUAGUGGGGGCUGCACAGAGAUGUAGAUUAGGUGUAAAACGUCUAAAUGAAGGGAUGUGUGCUCCAUGAUGACCCAUAAGCCUAUAUUAGGCAAUAAACCAGUUUGUAUGUGUUUUGUUUGCUAAUGUUGAGCUUGUGUCCAACCUGUUGGCCUGUAUUUUUUAAAAUAUUUUUUCAGUUCAUUUAUUUUGUCUCGCACUGUAACAUCUUCAGACUUACUAAUGCUGCACUGCCAAGUGGAUGACCAUUCUCUGUGAGAUGGAGAGGCUGUCCCAAAUUCAGAAAUACAUCAGUCACACCCUUAAAGGUUUGGAAUAAUGGUUUUACAAGAAUUACAUGUUCACCAAAAUGUCUGGAGCCCAGCAAAGAGAGGCUAACUUAUUAGCUUGGAGAGCAUGUUUGUUUGUUUUUUAUGCUUAAUCUACAAUUUGAAUAAACAUCUGACACAA